AUGUCUGCUGGACGAUGGUUACGUGGCUGUGAAAUUUUGCUGAAGAAAAGACAUGGAUUGUUGAUCGACAAUUCUAAAGGUUCAACGAAGCAUAAAACUCCACUUCGUUAUACUUCAGCUCUUCGAGAUCUUAAACUCUCAUCAUGUCAACAACAAGGAUUUACUGUGCUACAAAUUCUACUACCAUAUCAUUUAGACUUAAUUGAAACAUACCUGUUUCUCUUCGCCUUACUUUUAAAAAUACCAGUACGAUGUAUGCCAAAAAAUGCAAAGUUUGAUUUUGAUACAUUUUAUUCAUUUAUCGCAUACGAAAAUAAUUGUAUUUCUCCAACGUUAAUGAGACGUGAGAUAGACUCUACCGGUACUACUAUGGCUGAUCGUUCAACUCAUUGUACAUCAUUUAUUUCAUCUCUUCCUUCUACUACUUUUGGAACAUCUACCAGUGUAAGCAGUUUGAUGAGUGGAUUUUUCAGUGGAUCGGGUGGAAGUCGCCGGAUCGCUCCUUCAACUACAAGUCCUGUGGUAACUGCACCAAAUGCCUCCGGAAAUACUAAUAGUUCCAACAAACUUAGUAGUAAUGCACCAAUGAUAUCGCAUUUGCAAGCAUCAACAUUUUCAGGAGCGACAAACAAUAACUUCACACCAUCACUUACUAAUGCUUAUUCAAAUCAGGUUAUAUGUCCAGAAGCUGGGACGCUGAUUUUACAGCUUAUUCGUAUAUUGGUUUAUCGGCCUGAAUCAUUGCAACACGCAAAGCUGACAGAAUUUGUAGGUCUGCUGGUAAUGAAAAGCUUUAAUGUACAAGAGAAUAUUGAAUCAGCUGUUGUCAUGCUUAAAUUUUUGAUCUAUCUUUACCAAUCAAAACCGGCAAUUCGACUUGUCUUCACAACCUCAAGUCUCUUGACAAAUUUGAUAGGAUUACUUAUUCCUUUUACACAAAUUACAACUGAUGUUACCGCUCAUCAUAAUCCUUUAAGACGCUUGUCUUCAAGUCAUGAAAAUUUCAAAGAUCAGAUGUUGUUAUCAUUAUUAUUACCAUCAUCCUCAUCAAAUUAUUGCUCACGAAAUCCAUUUUAUCAGAUUACAUUGGAUUUUAUUAAGCUGAUUGUGUCAGACAGUUUCGCACUGCAUCCAUCAUAUCAUCAGCCUACACAUAUUGUGGAUAUACUAUUAGAAGCAUGGUCUGAUCAGUGUAGUUCAAAACAGCAUCAGAAUUUACAAACAUUGAUUUUAUGCAAUCUAAUGGAUCACUUUUUAGCUACAGAUAUCAUCAAUGAUGGAUCAUUAUGCGUUGGACCCAAUGGAAAUAUUCAGUAUAUUCCAGCUAAUUUAAUCUACUUUUCUGCUCGUAUUGUUGACAAAUUAUGGCAGGGUUGCUUUAGUAAAGAAGUUAAUCGUGUAGUAAAUUUUCUAAUUCACCUUAUCACCCAUUGGCCAGAUCAGUCGACCACUAGUACUUUCACUACUGCUACAACAAAUAAUUUGUCAUCAAGUAAAUUAGAUAAUUUAGUUAAUAGUAAUACUUCGACUACUACUACUACUGUUAAUAAUAAUAAUAAUAAUAAUAGCAGCAACAAUUUAUUGGCAAGCAAAUUUACAAUUCAUUCAUUAUAUCGUAGUUUAAAUCGUACUAUACUUUAUCAACUUUCUCGUCCAAUUCUAACAAAAAUGGAUCAAAUACAAACACUAAACUUAUUGAAUCGUUUAAACAAUACAUUGAUAACAUGCAGUUCAAAUAAUAACAGAAGAUCAAUAGAUGGAUUGAAUACAAAUGUUGGUGGUUGUCUUGAAAUUGACCAACUGCUUCUUCGUCACACUCAACAUCAUCAUCAUCAUGAUCAAAUACCAAUGAUAUUUGAUCCAAUUAAUGAAGAUCCUGAAUUUCCAGCAUGUCUAGUUCACUUAUUAAUUCAACUGAUUCGUUAA